UGUUCGGAUCCACUUCUUACCUCCAAUUCUUCUACUACCUUAUUUGCCACUUGGAUUUAAUUCAAAUCCUAUUGUAAAACCUAAACGAAAAAAGUUAUUCAUGUUUUUUUGUUAUUCUGGUUGAUUAAAUGGUAUGUAUGAAGGGAGAAAUGUUAAGAAAAGAUUUUUUUUUCUUUUCGAAGAGUAAUGUUAAGAAAAGUUAUGGCAUUGUUAAUUCUCUGAAAACCAAAAAAAAAAAAAAAACUACAGAGAAACAAAUAGGUGAUUGUAAGUAGAUAGAUACGUUUAAAUGGGAAAUGUAACGUCGAGCGUGGAUGCAAAAUUUGCGUUUUUUCCACCAGACCCACCUACCUAUGAUGUUUUUAAUGAUGGAGAAGGAAAGGUAGUAUUUUCAGGGGUUUCCGCUGAUAAAAAUAUGGAACCUCAUUUGCUUGAUACCAAAGGGGGUAAUAAAAUUGUUGCCACUUUUUGGAAACAUCCUUUUGCUAGAUUUACUAUUCUAUAUUCUCAUGGUAAAGCCGCUGAUUUGGGUCAUAUGCAAGAACUCUUCACUGAGCUCAGAGCUUAUCUUCGUGUACACAUCAUGAGUUAUGAUUACUCAGGAUAUGGGGCCUCCUCUGGCAAGACAUAUGAGUUCAACACAUACUAUGACAUAGAAGCGGUGUAUAAUUGCUUGAAGAGAGAUUAUGGAAUGAAGCAGGAGGAUAUAAUCUUGUAUGGUCAGUCUGUUGGGAGCGGACCUACAUUACAUUUGGCUUCACGUCUUCCUCGACUCAAGGCUGUUAUCCUUCACAGUGCAAUACUUUCAGGCAUUCUGGUGUUGUAUCCUGUCAAGGUCACACUCUGGUUUGACAUAUUUAAAAACAUUGACAAAAUACGGCAUAUUAAUUGCCCAGUUCUUGUUAUACAUGGGACUAGUGAUGAUAUAGUGGAUUGGUCUCACGGUAAGCGCUUAUGGGAACUGUCCAAGGAAAAGUACGAUCCACUAUGGAUUAAGGGUGGUGGAAAUUGCAACUUGGAAACUUAUCCGGACUUCAUCAAACACUUGCACAAGUUUAUGAAUGCAAUGGAGAAGCUUACUAUUGUAAAGCCACCAAAACAGAAUUCCACUUCAAACUCGACUAUCACUGAAUCAAAACACAACAAGUGCUUGAGAUUUUGGAAAAGAUAACUGAUACAACAUGUUAGUGUAUUUAUUUUGUUUUUCCAAAUAGGUGGGCCAUCGGGGAAUUCGCAGGAAAAGCAAGAGAAAACCUCCUCUCACUUGCUUUUUCCAGUAACCCAAGUUAAGGUUUGCAUGCUGCCUCUUCACAUUGGUUGUGUUCCAGAGAUAGAAAGUAAAACUUUUGAUCAUAGCAAAUUGAAAGAAACACUGAUUUCGAAGUCCAUGGAGGUGAAAAUUUGUUUUACAGUAUCAAGAUUUAAAAGAUAUGUACCUUCUUUAUAUAAGCGGAUUUGAUGUAUAAAAUUGUAAUAUUAGAUCAGAUUCAGAAUGA